UCAGAGAUAAGUUGCUGUAGAGAACCGGUCUUAUUUAACUUUGAAGAGGCUGGAUUGGGUUGGAUAAUCGCACCAACAGGAUUCUAUACCUCAGAGUGUGCUGGUUCCUGUCAUGCACAUAACGGUGUAAGGACCUCUAGUGGUAUGACGAUAGAACAUUCAUGUAGACCAAAUAACCGCAAGCCCCUUUCGGUCCUUUAUAUUACUAAAAGUCUGAACAUUAGGCUUGGAUUACUACCUGGUAUUGUCGUAAUGGAUUGUAGUUGU